UGAUCUGCUCUGGACUCUUGUUUGACACACAGAUCGUGUGCGUGUUUCAUUGGACCGUCUGUCUGAGAUGGAUGGUAGCGGCAGCCGAUGUGAUUGCCGACUUGCUGUUGGGGCAAUCCAUGCUGUGUGUUGUAUUGCAAUAUAAAGGUUUGAAUUACUAUCUGCCCAACGAACAAAUCUGAAAACAUGGACUGUACAGUUGCUAAUUCCUGUCGUCGGAACAGACCUUCCUUCUUCAAAGUCUUACUCCGCCGGGAAGACUUCAGGCUACUGCGGAUACCACCAUCAUUUAUCAAGCAUUUCAAUGGUUCAGUUUCCAAAGCAUCCAUCCUUAGGGGUCCAACAGGAAAACCCUUGCAUGUGAAGGUUAAAUGGGUUAAGAAGCAAUUGUUUUUCUGCAAUGGCUGGGGGAGAUUUGUGAAACAUCACUCUUUAGCUUUGGGGGAGUUUCUAGUUUUCAGGUAUCAUGGUAAUUCAAAAUUCAGUGUUAAGGUAUACGAUGCAAGUGCUUGUGAAAAGGAAGUACCUUCACUCGAGGUUGGGACUCAGGGUCAGAGUCAUCCCUACCAAGAUCAAGAAAACCAGAUUAGAUUGAUAGCCAGAGAUAUCAAGAAAGAACCGGUUGCUGACUGCUACACAACAGAAGAAAAUCAGGGAAGGUCGUCAAUGGCCAAGCACAUUAAGAAGGAGGAGAUAGUUGCCGACUCCUGCCCAAGGAAAGAAACUCAAGGCAAGAUCCUGAGCAAAAAACUCAAGAAAGAAGUGAAAAUUGGUUCUUGCCGAAAGAAAGAAAAUCAAGGCAAACCGUUGGCCAAAGACAUCAAGAAGGAAACAAUUGUUUCUGGUGUAGUAAAUUGUGGAUAUGUUAAUGGUCCAAAGAGGAGAGCUGUCAUCAAGGCUAGAAAUGCAGCAUUUGAAGCUGCCUGUUCAUAUAAAACAGAGCACCCYCAUUUCACUAUUCCUUGCUGUGAGUCUAGAAAAUAUCAAAUGACUAUUCCGAAGGCUUUUGCGGAAGAGAACGUCCUUGGAAGCAAGGUGAAAACAAUGCUGCUUUGGGAUCCUGAGGGGAGGCCAUGGCCUGUGAAGGUCAAAAAGAGGACAGAUGGCCGUGUGGACCUGGGAUCUGGGAUGGUUCAAUUUUGGAAAGCAAACAGCAUUGAAGAGGGUGAUGCCUGCACCUUUGAGUUAAAAGGAAAUUCUUUCUGCGUCAAGAUAUUCCGGACAAAAGGAUUUGGAGAAUCCAUUAAUGCAAAACCUGUCGUAGCUACUAGGACAGUGAGGAGAAUUCAAAAUAUGAUAUAACUGAGUCAGUUAAUGGGCACAGAAACUGUGAGGAGUGGAGCAACAAAACCUGUUUGUACCAUCCUUUGAAUGCACCAUCUCAAGAAGACAUGUUAA